AUGCUAUUUGAUUCAAUGAUACAUGUCGAUUAGAUGUCAAAGAUGAACAAUACCAAAAUUCGUUUGUAUUGUCAAUUGACAGAAGGUGAAGGGAAAUUACCUAAUUUUAAUGAAUUGAUAUUUGAUCCCUCUAGUUUGGGUAGAUAUAAGAAUUUCAUAGGAGCUUCAUCCAAAAUAGCUAACUACAUAAAAUUGUUAGACCCCAAGAUUAGAAAGAAAUUUAUUGUUGAAGGUAAAUAAGAAGACUAUUUGAAGCAAUCAAAACAUACAAAAAUAGAGUGUGAGCGAAUCAAAGCUUUGAUUGAUCAACACAAUGCUAAUUAUACACUUAAUCUCAAAGGACUGGCAGGAAUAGAGAGUAAUGGUAUUCGAAAGGCUAACCAAAAAAAGAGUCCUUGUAAAUUGACAUCCAUUUGCACAGCUAGACAAUCAGAAUAAAUGACUAACGAUAUUCUUAAAGACAUUGAUUAAAGUAGAAUUCAUGCUACUUAAAGAGGAAGAAAGGUUAAGGUUAAGCCUUUGAAGUAGAAACAACAAUCAGAAGUGAUUUUUAAUGAUUCCCCCAGAAGUGUACCUCUGUAACCAAUAAAACGAUCUCAAUUGUACUAACUCUUUGUUAAUUGA